AUGCGACUGUCGGUGUUGGCAUUUAUAGUGACUCUGUCCAUUUCCGUGCCAAAGUAUGACGCGUUUUCUUCCUCUACUAACACGGACAAGUCUCGGGUUACACCGCUAAUAUCCGACAUUGAAGACUCAGCAAAUGUGCCUGCAGAGCUGUCCAGUGGUUGGAAAGCCCAAGAUAGUCAGUAUCGCCGACUAAAGCUGUUUGAUCAAUUAAACCCAGCCGACCAUAGUAAAGUUGCCGCUCAAUCAAUAGGUGAGGAAGAUACAGCUGGUGUGAAGGACAAACUACCACAGCUAGAAACUGAACCCCCUCGUUUUGAAAAUGAACAGCGAAAGUUGGCCAAUGCACAUAAAGACGCCAAGUUAAAAAUUCAAGACGAAAUUCUGCUAUUUCGACGCUGUGUCUUCAAGCAUGGAAUUGAACUACGUGCAGUCACAGACGAGAAAGAGAUUGUGCGUCUUGGAGUACGUUUUGCGCGCAUCUUGUUGUUCUCUAUCUGGCCGAAUGCAGCGAACGCCUUUUUGCGGCUUUACUUUCAAGCUGUUGGCGUUAUGAUUCCUACAAUUGUCGUAGGCGUGAUCACAAUAAUGGUCUCUAUUGCUGCAAAUUAUUUUUUAUUUACGGUGCAUUCGGUCGCGUGGGCCUGGGGUUUAACGGGGGCGACUGUCGUAGCUUCAUGGUUUCAACCUAUAGCACUUACGUGGUAUUGUGUAGUCUACAAGAAAUUCUACCUCCGAGUCUGGAAUCAAUGGGACUUUAACGAAACUACUCGCGAGCGCAUGAUCAUAUUCUACAAUAAUUCUGCCACAACAGCCGUCAAUAGUUUAAUGACUGACGCCGCGGCUUCGGUGCUUUUUUUAAUUGCGGCGCAGAUUAUCGCUGCUAAUGCUAUUGUAUCGGGAUUCUGGCGUUUAUUAUGGGCGCUCUUUUGGGGGUUUGGAAUGGGCACACUGUCAUUAUCGUGGCACUGCUCGCGUUGGGUGCUCUUGUUCUUCGUGCGGUUGUAUUCCGAUUGCACACGGCCAACGAAGACUUGCUUAACAUAUGCGCGUCAGAACUGCCAAUUUUUGGGUCAAGUGCAUAUCCAUGCAUGGACCAGUGCAAUAGCUUCAUGGCUCUUCGAGUUGCCCACUGCUUAUAUAUUUGCAGUCGCUCUUAAGAUGGCGCGCAUAGCUGUCAAAAAAUGGAAGUGGAGAAUGACAACGAAGGGUCGAGGGUGGCAGUGCGGAAUACAGUUCUUUCUCUGA